AUUUAAGUUGGAAAAUGUGGCUCGGCAUGAGUUUGUUGUGCCUGGCGUGGAUUAGUCUGCUUAUUGAUAGGACCCUGGGGAUAUUAACCCUACCCGACACCUUCAAAGAAGGAAACACUGUAACAGAAUUUGGAUCCCUUAGAAUUCUCGACUCACACAACCAUGACGAGCGAUUUAGGCGUGACGUCAUCAGCAACUUUCCUGAUUACAUAUCAUGUGAGCUGUACGUUGCCGGAGCGCCAAUCAAACUUGACUUGCAGCGUAACAGAAAUAUUGACGUCACCAAGUCGGUGUUUGUCAUGCGCAAUGGGGGAAUAGUAAAGGAGGCAAUCAGCGCGCUAAAGGAUGUGGGGUACUUCAAGAUAGAGAGAACGAAGCCGCCUUAGCCGUUGUAUGCGAACCUAGGAGGGACAGAUCUUGUGCUUAUCUUGUGUCACCGUGAUGAAAGAUGCUGCGAGCUGAUAGUGGUAGUUUGUACUUCCUCUCACAGGAAGGUGUCGUGGCUAAGGCAGGGGAUAUGCUUUUCAUAUAUCCCAUGGAAGAACAACAACAACAUCGCCACGUGCAGGGAAACAGAGAAGACGAACGGGGAAAUAGAGAAGACGAAAGGCCAUAUGUGGUGGAGAAGAUAAACCCAACUGCAAUAAACUUCAGCGAUUACAUUGUUUCGGACUCCAUUUCCCGUGGUAUCCCCGAAAGCUUCAGACGUGUCCGAAGAGGGACAAAGAAAAUGAGCUAUGACGUUGAGUUGAUGAUGGUCACUGAUUCUUCUGUGUACAGAUUCUGGUAUGAAAGAACAACAGGCUCCAACCCGGCUGAGCGAAGAACAUUAACGUUGUCCAAGAUUACACAGUACUAUGCCUUCGUGUUGAAUGCAGUGAGUUUUUGUCUUUCCUAUAUCCGCAGAGAUUCUACAACAAGGAAGCGUGUUGAUUAUCUAAUUGUUGCCUGUUCUCCACCAUCUCUGCUUGCCAAAAUGGAGAGGUAGACCAUUAUACAACUGUAGUUCGAUAAGAACGCAAGGCAGAAUAACAACUAUAUGGUCAUCUGGAGGCAAUGGCACAAGAUGGAUGAGACGAGUUCAAGGUGUGACAACGAACAGCGGGGCUAAAUGUGAAAAGCAUUUGCGUUUUAGUACUUUUAAAUGUGUCUGUCUUAAAUGAGUACUUCCUCCUUGGAGCAGAUGAAGCAUUUGUUCUGUUUCAGAUUGACCUGCGCUAUAAGAACAUAAACGAGACUGACCUGGCGUUGAACGUCCUGUACAGUGGUCUGCUGAUUGUUGAGGAUCCCAGUGUAUCUAACUGGACGGACGGGAUAGCGAAAAAUAACACGGAUGACGGUAAAUUUCCACUGGUAGACGCGGAUCUGGCGUUGACGUCAUUCACAACAUGGGUACAAGGCCGAACGGAUUUGCCUCAAUCAGACCACGU